GUUGGAGGCCAUCGCUAGGUGGGGUGGAGGCCAUCGCUAUAAGUAGCUUCUUCACAUUUCGCCAUGCUGAGCCUCCGCGGGCUGCGGAGCCUCCGGGGCCUUCGGGCCUUUAGUGCAGCGCCCGCAGCCUCAGCUUCCUCCCCCCUAAAGAAACCAGCUCGACCGAUUCUUGGUCGAGCGCAGUCUUCGCCAAAACGCCCAAACAUCCCAUCGCAACGACCUGACACCGAUGAAUGUUCAUGUGUUGAAAAGAAAGGGCGCCCCCAGGUUUGCUCACAUCCUACUCACCUAGUAGCGAUGGCCUAGUGCCACUAUAUUCAUUGGACAAGCUUUUGGUGGAUGUUUGGUGGAAGUCCAUCUUCAGGAACUGGAGGUGGACCCCUCAGUUGACAUGAACGAAGCCGUUCGUUCCUCUCUUCGACAGGAAAGUGGUGAUCGUGGGGACGGGCUGGGCCAGUUUCCGUGUAUUGGCAGAUAUCGACAGCAAGAAGAACGACGUCACAGUGCUCUCUCCACGAAACCACCUGCUCUUUACACCGAUGCUGGCAUCGUCCGCCUUGGGAACCGUGAACCAAAGGUCUAUUUGCCAGCCUGUGAGACCCCUGGUGGCCAAAAAGGAGGCCACGUACUACGAAAGCUCUGUGGUUGGUGUUGACAAGGAGAAGAAGGUAGUGAGAUGCAUGACCUUGGGUGGGCAGGAGUAUGACCUGCCGUAUGACAAGUUGGUGGUUGGGAUAGGAUUUCAGCCGAAUGACUUCAACAUUCCAGGAGUGAAAGAAAACGCCUUGUUCAUGAAGGAAACGGCAGAUGCCACGCGCUUUAAGGACCACGUUGGGACCUCAGAAUUUGGAGCGAAGCAAUGAGUGAUGUGUUCAAUGUCUAAUUUGGCGAUAUCAGACUCUUGAAGAGACUUUUCUACCCAGUCUUGACCUCUCGGCACUCAGAUUUUGGAGAAGUUGGAGGAAGCAGCCUACACCAAUGCCUUAGACAACGACUUGAGAUUGAGUGAAGAGGAAAAAUGGAGAAUUCAGGAGCUCUUGACCUUCAUUGUGGUUGGUGGUGGUCCGACCGGUGUGGAACUUGCAGGUGAAUUGACCGACUUUUUGUACAAUGAGGUGGCGCAUUUGUACAAAGACCUGAAGCCUUUCAUCCGCGUGCACAUGUUCACAUAUGAUUUGUUGAACACCUUUGACCAAAAGCUCCAAGACUAUGCCCUGACUCAUUUGAGAAAGAAGCAGAAUGUACAGGUUCAUUUGGGUGCCUUCGUCCAAAAGGUGGAGCCAAGUGUGGUUCAUGUGAAGCUUGGGGAAAGUGCCAUGUCAAUUCGCUAUGGCACGCUAGUCUGGUGCGCUGGGAUUAAGCCUCACCCCUUUGUCACACAAUUUGGCUUCAUGAUGAAUGACAAGGGUACGCAGAUCUUGGUGGAUCCCUACUUAAAGGUCAAGGGAGAGGAUGGUAUUUAUGCUAUCGGCGACUGUGCGACCAUCGAGGACUAUUGGCUACCACAGACAGCUCAAGUGGCAAACCAACAAGGACAAUAUUUGGCAAAGUCACUGAGCGAAGAUGACCAGCAGAAGAUCAAGCCCUUUGAGUUCCACAACAAGGGCACAAUGGCAUAUUUGGGUGGCCUCACGGCAAUCAUGGCCAAUUUGCCUGGAGUCAAUCGUAUAACUGGCUUCGUGGCAUUCUUGGGUUGGCGUUUCACUUAUUGGUUUCUCCAACUAUCAAUGAGGAACCGCUUCAUGUUGAGCACUGAUUGGUUGCGCACCUUUAUCUUUGGACGAGACCUCACACGUUUUGGACCUCGGUCCAAACCGACAUAAUAUGGUGGAUAUCAUCGAUUACAAAUCAAUUCAAGAUUGAACAUAAAAUAGCAAUUGAUAAUUGGAUUUUAACAUAUUAAUAUAUAAUUAUUUCUAUGAGUG